AUCAUCAAUCACUGAACACAGGGACCGUUGGUCUGUGCAUCCUGUCCAGAGGUUCUUCAGAAUAUGACCCACUCAGAGACAUCAGUACCACCACACCCAGCACGCUGGAUCAGAGACAACUGUGUCUCCACCUCUCUUGCUGUCAGCCUUUCCUCUCUCUCCACAACACAAGCGAAGUCUCAGCAAACGGCAAAAUGUUUUUAGCAAAGAAUUUAAUCGGAGGCAUCAUUAAUGUUGUGAGCAACAUCGACUUUGAUCAGUUUAAGUCUUCAGACCCUCCUCCUCCUCGCAGACCUCUCAACUUCGCCGAGGCUCACGAGAAUGACGAGGAGAAACAGUUUCGGAGAGUUUUCCAGCAGCUGGCUGGAGAUGACAUGGAGGUGAGCCCCACAGAGCUGAAGGACAUCCUCAACAAAGUCAUCAGCAAACAUGGAGGCCUGAGAACCGACGGCUUCAGCAUCGAGUGCUGCAGGAGCAUGGUCGCUGUCAUGGACAGUGACAGCACAGGUAAACUGGGCUUCCACGAGUUCAAAUACUUGUGGAACAACAUCAAGAGGUGGCAGGCUGCCUAUUUGAAAUAUGAUGCUGAUGGAUCAGGAACCAUCUGCUCUAACGAACUGCCAAGUGCCUUCAAGGCUGCAGGUUUCCCUCUGAACGACCAGCUCUUCAAGCUGAUUAUCCGUCGCUAUAGCGACGAGCACGGCAGCAUGGACUUUGACAAUUUCAUUGGCUGCCUGGUGCGACUGGACGCCAUGUGCAGAGCCUUUAAGACCCUGGAUAAGGACAACAGCGGCUGCAUCGACCUGGACAUCAAGGAGUGGCUUCAGCUGACGAUGUAUUCGUGAAGAGGGAAGCUGCUGCUCCACAACAAACAACAAACUUCUUCUCUUCUUUCAUCUCAUCCCUCUUUCUCUCUUCCCCCCCUCCUCUCGUUACACUCAUUACACUUGUGUGGAUGUGCAAUAGUGUUUGAAACCCCGCCGUCGUCAUGGUAACGGGACCAAAACAUGUCGUAAGAGCUGAAGUCAAAAGGGGAACAAAAAAUUGGACCAAAGUGGAGCUGCUGCUGCUGCCAGGCGGCGGUGCUGCAACGUCCCUGUGUUACAGAUUUCUACACUUUAUGUUUUUACAUUUUAAAAGGUCUCAACAGAAACUGAAUAAAGUGACACAACUGACACCUAAA